AUCCGGCGGGAGAGGGAAUAAAUGCGAGAGAGAGAAAGACAGUUGGACGGAGAAAAGGCUAAGAGAUCAGGAAGCAAAGCCUCCGAAGAGGGAACUGAGCUUUACUGCAAAAAAACCGGACUGGCAGCAGGUAAGGAGCGCACCAAGAUCCACAAUGGUGGAAGACUUUGAGGUAGCCAUUUCUCAGGGCCAAUUAGCAGGCGCUGUGUCGCACGUGCUGGCAAAACCACUGCACUUUUUCAACAGCACUCCACUCCACAUUGCCGUAGUAGGAGAGCCCGGCUCCGGGAAGUCCUCCUUCAUCAAUGCCAUGCUGGGUCUUCGUGCCAAUGACCCACGUGCCGCUGCGACUGGCAUACAGAUGACGACUGUGCAAGUCAAGGAUUACCCACACCCGACACUCCCGCAAGUGAUCCUUUGGGACCACCCCGGAAGGGGAACGCCAACCUUUGGAGAGGACAAAUUUGAGAAGAAGGUCGAUUUGAAUCACUUUGAUUUCUUUGUCAUCGUCGGCUCCCAGCGCUUCCGCUCCACCCAUUCUGACCUGGUCCGUGAGAUCCAAGAUAUGGGCAAGAGCUUCUACUUUCUGCGCACCAAAGCAGACCUGGACCUGUCGGCCGCCAAGAGGCAACGGCCAUCUGACUACAAUGAGAAGAAGGUCCUCUUGCACAUCCAGGAGGACUGCAAAGAGUGCUUGGUAAAAGAAGGAGUGAGGGACCCACAAGUCUUCAUCGUCUCCAACUGGGAAGCCGACUGCUUUGACUUCCCCUUCCUGGAGGAAACACUGAAGAACGAUCUCUUGCGGCUGAAGAGGCAAGCCUUUCUGCGCCGCUUCCCUAGCAUCUGCCUGCCUAUGUUAGAGAAAAAGAAAAUCACUGUGAAGGAGAAGAUUUGGACCAAAAGGCUUGUUUUGCUGGUCACUCUUGGAAGCCCAGUUCCCUUCCUUCUCCCCAUAUUUCUGUUUAGUAAGUUCCGUUCCUGGUGCUUCCUGGACUUUGGCCUGGACAAUCCAUCCCUUGCAGCUCUGGCCCAGUGUGUUGGAAAGACAAGCACAGCCCUUAAAGCAGCAAUGCAGUCCCUGGGAAUCUUCUCUGCCAUUUUAUGGGUGCUGCCUGACUUGGUGGGACUCUCAGUGAUGGCUUAUGAAUAUCACCACUGGGAGCAUUUCCCCAUCUUUGGCUGCCUUCUGUCUGUUGGGAUUUCGCUUCUUCGCACCUACUUCAUGCUGCAGAAAUGCAUAUCGGGUGCUGCUGACGACACCCAGAGGGUUCUGGCCAAAGCUCUUGAGACAGAGGGGGGAAAGUCCAUUUAGCAGCAAGCAGAUGUGCUAUGUUGACUAAGUGCUUGAUAUAUAGAAUCUGGCGAAAUAUACAUGUUUCCAUUUGUGUGUUUUAUAAAACAAGCUCCCAGAAGACAUGGCGAGCGCAAAGUCUGGGAAUGUAAAAAGGCUUGUGUGUGUCCCAAGCUUUAAAAUUGAACCCAGAUGAUUCAAAGUCUGCACUAAGAAAAGAUCAAUUCUCCCAUCCGUAUCAUGAAUGAUAAUAGAGCAAAUUGGCAUGAGUUAUUCUGGAUUUGCUAAUCAUGAAGAGGCAGUGUGGUUUUUUUAAAAAAAACAACCACCACCACCAAAAGACAUUAAAAAAUAAUAAUCAGAUGAUCAGGUUUUUUAUUUUAAAAAUUCCAUAAACAUUAAGCUUCUCAUAAAAAAACCUAAGUGAAAUAAUCUGAAUGCAAG